CGUUGAUUGUAGUGCGUGCUAGUACUACCGACUGCAGUACAAGACGCUGCGGAUUGUGCAUCACAAGAAAUAGGAAAACUUCACUGAUUUGCUUCUCCAGUGGGGGAAGCAGAAAAGUUGCUUCCGAUCAAUAGUCUGCGGGCUCCACAAGAAGCAGGAAGUACGCUUAGGAAGUAGGGCUAAAGUGGUGCCGUAAUGAGGCAAACAAGGUGGAUGAUUUGUUGAACCUCUAUUGCGCCGACCCGGUAGUGUUUGUGCGUGUUUGUGUCUGUGUUCGGUUCGCUCCUGGAGUGCAAUGCGUCCCUGAAGAAAGGAGUCGCAAACGUGUGGUUUUGAUCCCGUGCGCCCGUGGGUGUGUACGUGUUUGUGGCCCGUCGUCAACGCAGAAAAAAGGAGAUUUCGUGGAAAAAAGGGCAACCAUCGUGUGGGUUGGGGCGCACCAAAAGUGUUUAGGGCGAACGACGACGAAGUGCAAGUGGUGAAAAAGAAGAAGCUCUCGCGAGAAGUUGUGGCGAGUUUUGUUUGUGUUUAUCUGUGUAUACCCCUCCUGCGACGGUCAUCUUCAUCAUCAUCAGCAAUGGGUGUGCGGCGCGGCGGGUCGUAAUCUUCGUUCGUUCGCCUCGCGGAAGUGUGUGCAUGUGUGUGCUGGUUGACGCGAACGCCCCGGAGAACGCACACUCGCGCGCGCACACAACGCAAUCCGUCCGCCGGUAGACGGACAACCGCAACCCGUAGAUAACCCAGUGUGUCCGUGUUCAAGACACACACAAACGCGCGCGUGUGCACCCGUGUGCACCACCGACCUACCGACCGUCCCGCAGUCCAACGGCGAUAAGGUCCUUGCUGCUCGGGCGAGCGCAGGGAGCGGUAACCCGGCGGCCAUGGGUGCCCAGCAGGUGAAGGAACGGCCGACCGGAACUUCCUCAACCCUCGGUGCCGGCAGCUCGAUACGAUCCAGCCGGAGCAAGCCCCGCUCGUCCAAGGAUGCGCGGACACUCGGCUCGAACAUCUUCACCGAACAUAGCGAGGCACUCCUGCAGUCCCGUCCCCUGCCGCACAUACCGCCACCGGGCAGCCUGCUGCCGACGGAUCUGCUCGGUCAGAAUCAGGAUGGGCUGGAGAACCACACCGGCACGAUGCACUCCCAGGGCAGCUCGAACACCGCACAGUCCAGCUUCGAGACGGCGCACCGGUGGACGUCCAAAGAGAACCUGCUGGCGCCCGGGCCGGAGGAGGACGAUCCGCAGCUGUUCGUGGCGCUGUACGACUUCAAAGCGGGCGGCGAGAACCAGCUGAGCCUGCGGAAGGGCGAACAGGUGCGAAUCCUUUCGUACAACAAGUCGGGCGAAUGGUGCGAGGCCCACUCCGACUCGGGCCACGUCGGUUGGGUGCCCUCGAACUAUGUGACGCCGCUGAACUCGCUCGAGAAGCACUCCUGGUACCACGGCCCCAUCUCGCGGAACGCCGCCGAGUAUCUGCUCAGCUCCGGCAUCAACGGGAGCUUCCUGGUGCGGGAGAGCGAGAGCUCGCCGGGCCAACGGAGCAUCAGUCUGCGGUAUGACGGGCGCGUCUACCACUACCGGAUCCAGGAGGAUUCCGACGGGAAGGUGUACGUGACGGCGGACGCCAAGUUUAACACGCUCGCCGAGCUGGUGCACCAUCAUAGCGCGCUGCACGAGGGCCACGGGCUGAUCACGCCGCUGCUCUACCCCGCACCGAAGCAAAACAAACCGACCGUCUUUCCGCUGAGCCCCGAGCCGGACGAGUGGGAAAUCUGCCGGACGGACAUCGUGAUGAAGCACAAGCUCGGCGGUGGACAGUACGGUGAGGUUUACGAGGCGGUCUGGAAGCGCUACGGCAACACGGUGGCCGUGAAGACGCUGAAGGAGGACACGAUGGCGCUCAAAGAUUUCCUGGAGGAGGCGGCCAUCAUGAAGGAAAUGAAGCAUCCGAACUUGGUCCAGUUGAUCGGUGUUUGUACGCGGGAGCCUCCGUUCUACAUCAUCACGGAGUUCAUGAGCCACGGCAACUUGCUCGAUUUCUUGCGUACGGCGGGCCGAGAAACGCUGGACGCCGUCGCCUUGCUCUAUAUGGCCACCCAGAUUGCGUCCGGCAUGAGCUACCUGGAGAGCCGUAACUUUAUCCAUCGCGAUCUGGCCGCCCGCAAUUGCCUGGUCGGGGACAAUAAUCUGGUGAAGGUGGCAGACUUCGGGCUGGCCCGACUGAUGCGCGACGACACCUACACCGCCCACGCCGGGGCCAAGUUUCCGAUCAAGUGGACCGCCCCGGAGGGCCUGGCGUACAAUAAGUUCAGCACCAAGUCGGACGUGUGGGCCUUCGGUGUGCUGCUGUGGGAGAUCGCCACGUACGGCAUGUCGCCGUACCCCGGCAUCGACCUGACGGACGUGUUCCACAAGCUGGAGUCCGGCUACCGGAUGGAGCGACCGCCCGGCUGCCCCCCGGAGGUGUACGACCUGAUGCGCAAGUGCUGGCAGUGGAAUGCUCAAGAUCGGCCGACGUUCAAAAGCAUCCAUCACGAUCUCGAGCAUAUGUUUCAGGAAUCCUCCAUUACCGAAGCGGUCGAGAAGCAGCUCCAGGGUGUGGGCGUCGUACCGAUGCAGCUAACACCGCAGAUGAGCAAGAAGCCGCACAUGGGCAUGCAGCAACAGCAACAGCAGCAGCAGCAACUGCUUCCGUCGCAACCAUUGCAACCGCAAGCACCACCGCCUCAGCAGCAACAGCAGCAGCCGCAACAUGAGCCAGCUAUUACUCCUAUUUCGGAUUCGGGUUCCGGUUCCAAGUUUAGCACGUUCGGCAACAAGCAGCCCUCGACUGCCGGUGUGCAGAUGCGACGGACGACCAACAAGCGUGGCAAAACAGCGCCCGCUCCACCAAAGAGAACGAGUCUGCUUUCGUCCAGCCGCGACUCGACGUACCGGGACGAUGAUAACUGCAAAAUCGGUGACUGCGAGCAGAAUGCAAAUGGUACCGCUAUUCCCAUCACAAAAUCGUCCUCUUGCAGUAGUUUCCUUAUCGAUAAGCUGUUUCGAGGGUUUACACGUGAUAUGGCAAACCUAAUGAACCGGGCGACCGAUUCCGAGAACGAACAGACGGAAGUGACGCCCGACACCGAUACGGACAAUCAGGAACCGAUCGGGUUUCAAAAAACGCCUCAGCAGAGCUCCUCGUUCAAGCGGGCACCCAUUAUGGGCAAUCGUGGGCUAGAGACACGCGGCAGCAAGCGUUUACCCCAAGCGUCGCAGUCGGGUCGCCGUGAUCCCUUGCCACCCGGUGGCAUUAGUGGCAUCAAUAAUCAGCAACAACCGAUCGUCGGUGCGCUGGAGGUGCAAAACGUAAAGAAAGCAAUCAAUCGCUACGGCACCCUGCCGAAGGAUGCCCGAAUAGGGGCUUACCUUGAGUCGCUACGACAAAGUGAUGGCACGGUCAUCCAGCAACAAUCGCAGCAGCAGCAGCAACAGCAACAGCCGCCACAGAUGGCACAACCGCAUGCGGUCGGCUUACCAGCCCUACCACCGUCCGCCGCUGGUCAUUCGCAGCAGAUGAACCUGGGAGUGGUUUCAACGGCGGAACCACCGCCCCCACCGUUGGCGGCGGCCACCGCCAUAUCGAACAGUAUACUUGCCCAGAGAAAUGCAGCCCUCAAGUCGGUGCAACCGCAGAUGAUUCGCAGCAACUCGUCAAGCGGGGUGACCAUGUCCAAUUCGGCCACGGCUAGCCUCUCCAAGCUGCAACGCCAUCGGACGACCACCGAUGGUUCGAUGAUGACAUUCUCCUCCUUCCGCGGUACGGUCGGAAGUAAUAACAGUCCGAAGCGUGCCCUCCAACCGACGCUUGCCGAUCUCGAGUUUCCUCCGCCACCGGUCGAUCUUCCUCCACCUCCGGAGGAGUUCGAUAUGCCGUUGGAACAGCGCGGUGGUGGUAUGAUGGAGAAAACGCUAGUAACGCCUUGCAACGACGUACGCAACACGGAACCCAGCGUCGAAGAAGCAAGUUCGAGGUUCGGUGUAAGCUUGCGCAAACGCGAACCAUCGACGGAUUCGUGCAGUUCGCUAGGAAGCCCGGCCGACGCCAUGAUGCUGCACGGCGGCGGAACGGCUAGUUCUGAUCCUCCGGCGGUAUCAUCCUCCCUUCCCUUGCCUCCAGCCCACGGUGGACCGAAAGAACCCGGCAAACCGGACGCAAAGCGGUCGACCUCCUCCUCCGCCUCCAACAAGGAACUAUCAAAUGUGCCAAAGUGUUUACAGCAGAGCGCUGGUGGAGGUUCGAAAACAUCAUCCUCGAUGGGCGGCCCGUACGGUGGUUCUUCUUCCUCCGACCCGGCUUCACAAUUAGUCAGUGAGCUGUCGGAAACGAUGAAUCUUCCCAAGGCUCCCUCCCCGCUACUACUCCCACCGCCACCACCUCCAGCUUCCACGGUACACCAACAGCCAAUAUCGCACUACAAAUCAUCGGACGUGAGUUCGCUGCGAAAACAACCGGUGGCGAUGUCGAAAUCUACCAUCCUUCCAUCGGGUGGCAGCAGCGAUAACUACAACUCCCUGGGUGGUAAUGCACCGAGCCAACCACCGUUCAAGGCGCAGCUGAAGAAGGUGGACCCAGCGAAGCGUACACCGAACGUCGCAGUCAAAAAGGAGGAAACCACUACGGGAGGAAUUAUCGAUUUCAAGUCACGGCUACGCAAAGUGCAGGAUCAAAACAACGUGGACGGUAGUUCGGCCAACGGUGGCACGGAGCUGAGUGAGUCCGGUGUUAUGGGAGGAUCGGUGGACAAUAACAACAAGGGUGGCCACCAGCAUGGGACGAGUAACAACGUGCAUAACAGUGUGCACAAUAACAACAUAACCAGCAAUAGCAAUGGUAACAUACUGAACAAUAAUGACAACUCUGCGUCCUCCUCAUCGUCGGAGAACGAGAACCAUCGGUCGGCGGUCCGCAAGGGUGACACGGCCGCUGUGGUACGGAACGGAGGCACAACCAACGCUGGGGCAUCGAUGGUGGCGGGUGGUGGCAAAAGUCUGCUAAUCGAGAACAACGAGCUGAACACGCUGAAGCUGAAGAAAACCAGCUCCUCCUCCUCGCCGUCGACGACGACGAUCGUGACCGGUGUGGCGCCGAUCGAUAGCAACAAGGUGAUCGAGCUGAAAAAGACUGAAAUCAAGAUCGAGCUGAGCGACGAUCGGAAGCGCGAAAGUCUGGAGGGCAACUCGCUCAAGGUGGACAGUGUCGGUGGUGGCAGUGGGGACAAUCUGUCGACUGGGAGUAGCGGUGCCGGCGGUGGUGAGGAUGGUGAUAGUAAGCGCAAGAGCACCGGUAGCAUUAGCAGCCUGAAGAAGCUGUGGGAGGCGAAAGAAUCGCCCAACGAUCCGAGUGGUGUGCAGUUGAGUCCGAAGAUGGGUACGAAAAGUGCGACCAAUAUGGUGCCAAAGAUGAACAACAAUCUGGAGGCGGAAGAUGGGACGUCCCCGAGUGGUGGUGGUGGUGGCGCUGGUCAAGAUGGACACGAUCAGCAGCAGCAACUGCAGCCGAACAACAUCGUUGGAAAUGUUCCGAUGUCGACGGGAACGCUUGGAAAUAGCAAAAAACCAGCCGUCCCAAUGAAACCUUCCAAAUUUUCUUCUAUCUACGCAACGCCCGUGCAAAACAUGCUUCCACCUUCGACAAACGCGUCGGGAGUGACCACCCAACAGCAGCAAGCAACACCCGUCGCCCCGGGAGGCAAUGUCAUCUCAAAGUCGAACGACAGCAGCAGCUCACUGGUGUCCGAUAAAUCGUCCUCCACCGUGUCCUCGUCCACACCGGGCACAGGUCCUCCGACCGGAACUACCGGUUCCGGGCGGGACGGUAUCCUCGAGUUGGUCCAACUGUUGCAGGCUAGCUUCAAGGUACCGGUCGCCUCCAUUUCCGGCUCCCAGUGGUUGGCACUCAGCGACCGGCUCAACUCCCUCCAAGGCUCCUGCGUGACGUUUGCUGACAACGAAAGUUUGCCACCGCACGCCAAGUUUCACUUCCGUGAGCUGGUGACGCGAAUGGAGAACCAGGCCCGAUCCCUUCGCUCGGCCAGCAACCGCAAUGUGCAAGACAACGAAAAACUCGUCCAAGAGGUCGGCCAAUCGCUGAAGCAGAUAUCGAACGCCUUGCUCAGGUAAUUUCAAGUAAAGUUGGUUGAUUUCGAUGAGCAGUUUUAGUCACUGUGUCUGUGUGUGUACGAUGCGUUGCCGUUCCGGCCGCCAUAGUGGCCGCGGCCAGAGGUUUCCUCUGUUUAUGGUUCCAUCUUCCGAAUCACUGCGGCAUGACGCAAGAGAGAUAGAGAGAAAGAGAGGAAAGAGAAAGAGAAAAAGCAUCUUGAAACAUUGUGAUUCUGCAGUAGUAGGAAGUAUUUCUUUUUGUGUGAUGUUUGACUUUGAUUAUUACGAAUCGAUUAUUGUAUAUAAUAAGAAGGGAUUGUAUUCUUUUUUUCGUUUUUGUUUUGUUCGUCUCAUCUUUUCCGCACACUCAACCUCCCACGGUCCAGGUGAUCAAACACUCAAAUUUGCUUUACACGAUCGUUAGCAUUGCUAUAAGCGGUCCAAAAAGUCGAAAAAUUGGGCUUAUUGAUGCACUUACGAAAUUAGCGUCGAUCCCCACCAUCGGGUUGGGUGGGCUCGAGUAUGUCUGUGUGCGUGUGUAUGCGUGUGUGUGUGAUUUACGUUUAAAACACUUAGUUGCUGCUCCGGUGUUGAAUGGACGACGUCGGGGUCGUGGUCGGAGGUCCAAAGCUUCUGGAGCUUGUUAUCCGGGGUCGUACGUCGUCGAGUCGGCUUUAAGGUAGAACUGAUUGUAUACACCACAUUAAUAACUUAUGCAUUUGUACGUAUUGAUUGAUUGAAGUACAUUGAAACCAACCAAAACUCUUGAAACAAAAAGAGAAGAAAAGCAGCAGAAAACGAUUCAAUAUUAAUAGUAAUAAUAAUACAGUUAACAAUUGCAACCCGAAAAGAUGAUCAUCCUGGAAAAGUUUUGCAAAAAUAGCUCCCAUCCAAAAACGAGUUCUUUUGACAUACAGGCUCCUCGCACUAGUGGGGAAUGCCCGGACGCCGUGCAAUUGUGUGACCAGUGUAAUAAUUGCACAUACACUCUCCCCAACCUUACAACAAGAAGAAGCAAUGUGAAAACAAAUAGAAAACAUGCUCUAGUGGUGUAUUUAAU